AUCGAUACUACUGCCUCACCUCGACAUGGUAUAUUCCUAUGCGAUGAUGAAUGGCCUGGAUGUCUCUCUGGGGGAGAGAGAGUGGACUUUCCCCGGUGGGUGAAUGUGAAAGGGACAGGAAGGAAAGGUCCAGUGAAUUCAUCGUUUGCAUUUCGUUUGCAUGGCUUGCAAGAGUUCAACCUCAGGCUCGCAUGCCCCUCGAUCUCCCAUUACAGUAAUGCUUCUCUCCCACCUCCUUCUUCACCGUGUGUCCUCGUCUCUUCUUUUUCAUCACUCCCUCUCCGACUCUCUCUCACUUCUUUCUUGAUUGACUUCCGACGAGCGCGUUUCUCCAUCAUAUGCCAUUGAGUUCUCCAAAAUGGAUCCACUCAGUGCUGAACUUAUCCUUCAAAUCGUUCAGGGUGACCUACAGGAUACUCUGAGACAGAGGCAGAACUCGAGCCAGAAUGGAGAACUGAGAAACUUCCCCAGUGACCAAGAGCUUGCGCUUAGAGAGUGGGAAGCGCAGCUCCAGCAGUACCUAGCCACGCUCAUUGACCAUCAGAUGGCUCACAGUAUAUCCAAUGCGGUCCAGGACGACGGCGUGGCAGUGACCAUUGCAAUCGAAGAGGAGAGAAGAGCGCUCGCAGACAGAGUAACCGCCCUACGCGUCGAAGGUCAUGAUGUCCCGAACCCGGAACAAUUGAUGGUGCAGGAAAAUGCUGCCAUGGCUGGCCUCGUGGGGAACCCACCUACUAUAGUCGAUGCGCAAGGCUCGUUUCUAGACCCGGGUACCUCGUCCUCCGACUGCCAGUUGCAGGAGCCUGCGGAAAACUGGAGGAGACUUCCAUGUGCGUCUUGUGCUGCAGUUUUUCCUUCACCGCAGCUGAUGGAGGCACCUUGUGGACACAUCUAUUGCCGAGGUUGCGCAACUCAUUUGAUCGAACAUUCUUUUGUGGACGAGUCACUCUUUCCGCCUCGCUGCUGUCGUCUUGCAUUCCCGGUGUCAGCUGUGCGACAGAUCCUUGGGCUUGAUAUCGCCAACCGCUAUGACGAGAAGUCCAUUGAGCGAAACGAUCCCUAUCGGACCUAUUGUUCCAACCCACAAUGUGCGCAGUAUAUCUUUCCAGCCCAGGUGGCUUUCUACGUUGGAACUUGCAACACCUGCGCGCAAAAGACUUGUACUCUUUGCAAGAAGGCCGAACACCCCCAAUGCCCAUGCCCUGCAGAAGACUCCGAGGUCCUGGUCCUGGCGGAACAAGAAGGGUGGCGGCGUUGCCCUGGAUGUCGGAACCUUGUCGAACUCAAGGAUGGCUGCAAUCAUAUAACAUGCCGUUGCCGCUUCGAAUUUUGCUAUAUUUGUGGUACUCCAUGGCGGCGUUGUCGAUGUGAACUAUGGGAUGAGGAAAGAUUGGUUCACAGAGCCCAGGUUCUUGUUGGGCGAGACCAGCCUGGGCCACCACCUCAAGCCGAAGUUCAGAGAGUAGCCCGGUAUCUUCGGCAGCGUGAGAGCUGUGACCAUGAAGACGAUUGGACUCGCCUCGACGGGGUAUAUGAGUGUGAGCACUGCCUGGAAGAGCUGCCCUAUUUCAUACUGCUUUGUCCACUUUGCGGAAUACGCGCCUGUGUUCGUUGCAAAUACAAUCGGUUCUGAUCCAACAGGGAAAGUUCAAAUGUGUCUAAUUUGUUUGCUCUUAUCGUGUUUAAAAACGGAACUGGCGAUCGAAGGAAAGCAGACGACUCGAAAGGCAACGGGAUUAAUCUGUGUUGUUAUUGCAGCAUGUAUAGAGUGUAUGUGCCUAUAUCUUAGUGAGCAUUAAUUUGAC